AAACCGGAAGUGACCCACUUAGGUUCGCUUGCUAAUGCUAAUGGCCCGGAAUGGUAAAGCAGCACUCCGAAGAUGGCCGGGGUGUUUGAGGUGGAGGUUGAUGGUGUAGAGCACGACCAUGGGCUACAGCAUCACGACCAUGGGAUACAGCAUCACGAUGAGCCGCACCAGUUUGAUGUGUCCAAGCUUUCACCAGAAGAGAAGUGGAGGGUGGAGCAUGCAAAAAUGCAUGCCAAACACAAAGGUCAUGAGGCCAUGCACGCAGAGAUGGUGCUGAUCCUCAUCGUCACACUUGUCGUCGCCCAGCUAGUCCUCGUGCAAUGGAAACAGAGACAUCCAAAGUCAUACAAUCUGGUGACUCUGUUCCAGAUGUGGGUAGUUCCUCUCUACUUUACUACCAAACUGCACUGGUGGAGGUUCCUGACCACAUGGUUUAUCUUCUCUGUCAUCACAGCGUACAUCUCUUUCCGUGCCACUCGCAAGCCACUAUCCUGCACCACACCGAGGUUGGUGUAUAAGUGGUUCCUCCUUCUCUACAAGAUCAGCUAUGCCACAGGAAUAGUUGGCUAUACUGUCGUCAUGUUUACACUUUUUGGUAUAAACCUAAUAUUCAGGAUAAAACCAGAAGAUGCAAUGGACUUUGGUGUUUCACUACUAUUCUACGGUCUGUACUACGGGGUCCUGGGGCGGGACUUUGCAGAGAUGUGUGCAGACUUCAUGGCUUCAACGGUCGGGUACUACAGUGCAUCUGGCAUGCCAACCAAGCACCUCUCUGACAAUAUCUGUGCUGUGUGCGGGCAGCCCAUCCUCGUAGAUGUCAGUGAGGAGGGGAUCAUUGAGAACACGUACAGAUUAUCCUGCAACCAUGUGUUCCAUGAGUUUUGCAUAAGAGGAUGGUGUAUUGUGGGAAAGAAGCAGAUGUGCCCGUACUGCAAAGAGAAGGUGGAUCUGAAGAGGAUGUUCAGCAACCCUUGGGAGAGGCCACAUGUCAUGUAUGGACAACUUUUAGACUGGCUUCGGUACCUGGUGGCCUGGCAGCCGGUUAUUAUUGGAUUUGUGCAAGGCAUCAACUACGUCCUGGGUCUGGAGUGACCUGCGACUCAGAAAUGGACACGCACCCCAUAUGGAGAUGAUAUGCACUGGCUCUAAAGACUGAGGGCCUAACAUUGAACUAAAACACAAAUUAGAAGUGUCUAUACUUUUUGUAUAUAUUUAUAGGCACAUACUGUCUGUAUUUACAGUUUAUUUGAAUUUUAUUGGUAACCUCAAUUUGGAUGUCUUAUCAAUUUCCCAGGAUUUGCUUCACACAGCGUUACACCUUGAUGAUUGGUUUGUGCAACUUAUGGCCUAGUAAAGCGGUUCUAAAAAUCAUUAGAGGUGCUUUUUACUGAAUGAUGUCUUAAGUGUUUGUUUAUUCUUAGUUCCAGGAUGACGCUGGAGUUUUUUAUCUUCAUGUCUGAUGACUCGCAUAUGGGUAAUAAAGGUUCAAUGGAAAUCAACACAAGUCAUUGCUCCCUGGGCCUCCCAAGCCCAGGGAGCUUUGGCUGCUGCUGUAUUUGAUGUAUUCACUCAUACGAACUCAAGUAGCAUCAUUGAGAGUUCCUCUUAGCGCAGUCAGUCGUGCGUCAUGUGACAGGAGGCAUUGUCAUCGUGGGGAAAAAAAGUGUUACUUGUAGUUAAACAGGAUUCCUCAUCCAGUAGCUGAUGAGAUGUUACAGGAUUUCAAAAUGUCCUCACAGUCUUCGUGGACACUCAUCUGUACCAACAGGAAAAACGUACUUACUUUGACCGUUGACUCUUGUACAAUAUCUCAGUCACUACGUUUCUAUGAGUGGGGGAAUGUCACUCUACCAAAACAACCUCUUCUGUUUUCAUUCACAAAAUUCACUAUUUGAACUUACAUUUUAUGUCCACAAAGAAAUCUCACCUGUGGUUGUAUCUUGCCUUUUAGAUAGUUGUGGGUUUUUGGUGCCAGCUAUUUCCUUUAAAGCUACUUUCUACAAAAGAAAUGAUUCCUGUAAAAUGCUAGCUAAAUUUAAGUCCCCUUAUAUUGGGGGGCAGAAAUCUCAGAUGUCCCAAAGCUCGGCCUACUAAAACCCAAACUAUCUGCAUUGGCCAAAUACCACUAGAGGUAAGUGUAAAAAAAUAUAUAGAUUUUGUUAUUAAAUACUGGUGAACAUAAACUGUUCUGAAAUUGGGGUGAACCAGGAAGCACAAACCAAAGCGAUGAUCCCAGUGCGUAACGUGACUACAACUUUUGACUGUUCAAACCGAUGAUUAGAAGAGGACAGCAAACCAAGUUAUUGUAGAAUGAUCCUUUAACUCAGUGAGUCUUAUUUUCAUGUGAUCAGUUCAAGCCAAGCUUCCUUUGUGUGUAUUUUCUAGUCCAAAGAUGCCGGUGGUUUUUAUUUGCAACACUUUCACUUUGACCACCAACUCCAACAGAGAAGAGACUAACGUGAUCAUUUUGUUUUGUUAAUGUUUUGAUUAAGUUCAGUUAAUAAAUGUCACAUGGUUUAGAUUGUCUGGAGACGUCUUUGCAUCCUUGAGGUUUAUUUUUCAAACACUUAAAACUAAGUUAUUGUCCACUGAAUAUAUAUAGAGAGAGAUAUUGAUUUAUAUAUGUCGAGAUAGAUGUAUCUAUUUAUCAAUACAUAUAUAGAUACAGACAAUUGGAAUCACAAGACCGAGAGCUGAGAAUUAGUCAGCAUGUUUGGUUUAAGUAACCAGUGUGUAUCAACAAACUGCCAAACAUGUGUGUGGACUAGUUUUGAGGAAAUCCCCUCGUACCAAAUGGCCAUGCAUCAUGUUUGAGUGGGUAUAGGGAAGUGAAUUAUGUUUGUGUGUAUAUAUAUAUAUAGUAGUACUAGACAGCAGUCAACGGCAGAAAGAUCUCACUGGAGGAGUCGAUAUGAAGCCGUCUUCUGUUGUCGAAGCUUUGGGAUGUCUGUGUCUGCUGCUUGCAGAUGGAUUUCCAGUUUCUCAGGAUGAAUCUCCAAAGAUAUUUGGGCCACGUUACGUCAAAAUAAAAGCUCAUCCAGGCGAGCAACUGUUUCUUUACUGUGAAGCGUUUGCGAACUCUAAAGAUGCGACGCUCAUCUACUGGCUCGUCAAUGGCUCUUUCCCCGAAGACCUGCUGUGCAGUGGCAGAAUAGUAGAAUCAGAGGAAUCGACUUUAGAUAAUGGUACGAUCCUACAGAGGAGUUUGAUGUUGAAAAAUGUCACGUCAGAGGACUUAAAAUCCAACUUCACCUGCGUUGUGACGAACGCCGCUGGAAUGACCCAAAAGAACAUACUGCUGGUGGCAAGAGGAAAAAGGAGAAAACAUUUCAUGUCACGGCAGUAAAAAGUGGAAUGAUAUGAGCCACGUUUCACUUGCCCACAAACUCAUAUUUACUUAAGAGUCAAAUGUAUCUUCAAAUUUAAUAUUCUGUUAUAUUGUGUGAUGGGAGAGCGAUGUUGGAUGAAGAAAUGUACAACACUUGAGAUCCAUUUGGUUCCAGAGUAGUACAAAAUGUUUCUCUGAUGGUUUCCCAUCAAUGAUACCAGAAGUGUAAAAAGUGACUCAUUGGGAUCCUCUGGGAAGGAAGAACUUUGAGGUGAACGCAAACACAAACUGGAGUAUAUUGUUAUGUCCCCUAAUAUAUAUUUGAUGCAGCUUCCGAGGAAACAUUUAAUGUGGAACUGAAAGACCCCUAAAUUACUGUCUUUUAGAUGACUCUACCACACAGUGCUACUGACCGCAGAAUACAUAUAGAAUAUUGUAACAUUUAAUUUCUCUGCUAUUUUCUAUGUUUGUGUAUCAUUCCAGUGUCUGUGUUAAAUGUGUACACUUUUGAAACAUGUAUAAAUAUACUCCAUAAUGAGACAGUA